GCCCCUGGCGAAUUAGUUACCGUGAAUUUUCUUUGAUCUAUAUAAGUUGUCUCCUUUUUCGCCUGUAUAAUGGUAGCACCACCACCACCUUCGUCUUGCUUUGCCGCCGCUUUUCCUUCCUAGUGUUAAAAGUCAGCCCCGAGUUUCCAGUUUCCACUCAUUUGUAUCACUUACAUGUGUAGCUAGCUGGCUAUCCUCAUGCACAUAUAUACAACAAGCGCUCGCUCGGCUGACUCCUCUCUAGGAGGGAGUAAAUAUUGAUGAUAUGCAUGCAUGGUAGGUCACGGCGCUCCGCUUGAGGGCUGAUCGAUCAUAACCUGCACCAGUGAAUCAACACCGACAUCGGCGGCCGCGGCUGCCACCAUCGGUCGAUCAUGUGUGACCUGUUUUGGCUGUCGCCGGGCGAACAAGGAGAUCUCUCUGAUGUCGUCAGGGCAAGCCUGCACCCGCCUCAUCAGCUGCCAACCCCGGCUACCGACGAGGAGGAGGAGGAGUACAGCUCGCUGCUGCUGGAAGGAGGAAGCGGUGGAGGUGGCCUGGUUGUCGGCCAUGGGCAUGGUGAUGAGCAGCUAGGAAUGGUGACCAUGAUGAUGGGCGGCAAUACCAGGCCUCCUUCGUCCGAUCAUCAGGUGAUCUCCAUGCUGCAUUCACCGACGGCGACGACAUAUACACGGCCGCAUCCAGAGCCACUGGCUGGGAUGCUUCGUCGGCCGGACAUCGAGAGAGGUGGCAUGGUGGUCGCGCCACUGCCGGAGAUAGGCGACCGCCUGCAGCACAUGUCGAUCGUCCACCACCCUCGUGUACCUGCUGCGAUGAAGCCAAGGAAGAGCCAGUCAAAGAAGGUGGUGUGCAUUCCGGCACCGACGGCGGCGCCGGGAGCGAGCGGGCGGCAUAGCACGAGCGGCGAGGUGGUGCCGUCAGACCUGUGGGCGUGGAGGAAGUACGGGCAGAAGCCCAUCAAGGGGUCGCCGUACCCGAGGGGCUACUACCGCUGCAGCAGCUCCAAGGGGUGCCCGGCGAGGAAGCAGGUGGAGCGCAGCCGCACCGACCCCAACAUGCUCGUCAUCACCUACACCUCCGACCACAACCACCCGUGGCCGACCCAGCGCAACGCCCUCGCCGGAUCAACCCGCCCCUCCUCCUCCGCCGCCGCCACCGCCAAGAUCGCCGCCUCCUCUUCCUCUUCAUUGGCGGCCGCGGCAGCUCGUAAUAGUAGCAACACCAACGUCGACGUCGACUGUGCUCGUGCUCACCAUCAGCUGAAGCAAGAGAGCGACCUGGACCUGUUCGCGGACAUGGACGCCCUCAACGUCUUCUCGUCCAUCGACAAGAUCCAGGAAAAUGACAGCAAGCACCAGCUGUUUGAUCCUUUCAGCUCCGGCUUCUGCGACUACAUCUGAUCCAGAAUUCAUCAUCUUCCUCUACCGCUGAAGGCCACGAAAUCGAGCAAGCAAUCGACGCUUACACAGUCCUGAUGAUGAGACUUUUUACUUGUGUCAGUAGUAGCUUCUAUGGGGGGCCUUUUUAUGUUUACUUGAAGGAAAGAGCAUGUCACUAUAGUUAGCAACAAGAGAACGUGCAAGGCCAGAUUCGAAUGUACUUGUCGAUGACAACUUGGUUAAUUAUACUGAACCCAGCUUAAGGAAUAUAUAGCUACCAAUGCCUGCAGUUUUCA